AUGUCUCUCUUCCAGACCAACUUCUCUGCCAACGACGACUUUUCGUCUCUCUUCCGUCUUCUCGACGACUACGAUCACCAUCGCACUGUCCGCCGACAGCCUACACCGCGAACCUUUAACCCGCGCUUUGAUAUCCGCGAGAGUGACGACUCCUAUCACCUGGAUGGAGAGCUUCCCGGAACUGCGCAGAACGAUAUCGAAAUCGAGUUUUCCGACCCGCAGACACUGGUCGUGAAGGGUCGCACUGAGCGCUCUUACAACACCGAGCCACAGAAUCAGACGGAGGAGAACAACAGCUCUGGCGCUGUAGCCAAGACUACCGAGUCUAAGGAGAACUCCAAGUCUGACUCUAAGUCCACCUAUUGGGCCAGCGAGCGCAUUGUCGGCAAGUUCUCGCGCUCCUUCUCUUUCGGCCAGCCCGUCAACCAAGACGCCGUGAAAGCCAGUCUGAAGAAUGGCAUCUUGUCCAUUUCUGUCCCUAAAGCAGCUGCCCCUGCCCCGAAGAAGAUUGCCGUUGAGUAA